AUGAUUGGCGUGAUCCUCGUCGCUCUCGUUAUUCUCUAUUUGACCUAUGAACUCUAUUGGAAGAGGCGGAACUUACCACCAGGUCCAACUCCUCUUCCCUUAUUCGGAAAUCUGCUUGACGUGAUGAAGAACAGUCCCGGUUAUGAGGCUUUUCGUAAAUGGAGUAAAAAAUAUGGACCAGUCUACACUUAUUGGCUCGGUACCAUGCCGGUUGUAGUGGUCAGCGAUUAUGAAACGCUCAAAGAGACGGUGAUCAAAGAUGGGGAUAAAUAUGCGGGACGAUGGAUUUUCGAAGAUUUCAUCAAAGAUACAAAAGGUGGUUUAUUUGGACUCGUUUUCUCGGAAGGUGAUCUUUGGAGAGAGCAGAGACGUUUGACUUUGCACACUUUACGAGAUUUUGGGAUGGGAAGAAAUAUAAUGGAAGAACGGGUGAUGGUCGAGGUCGAUUUCUUGUUGGAGAAAAUGGCAAAACAAGAUGAUAUUCGGAUACAGGCAGAACUAGACCUGGCUGUUGGCUCAGUGAUCAACGGAAUUCUUUUCGGGUAUCGAUUUGAUGAAGAUCACGAACACGAGUAUAGAUUGGUAAAAAAUUCUCUUCGAGAUUUUGUUAAAGCCGGCUCGAGUCCAUUAUUCACUGUCGCUUGUAUCUCAUCAUUGAUUCGUCAAAUUCCUCCAUUCAAAGGAGCCUACGCCAAUAUACUGGCACCAAAUGAUGUUCUUUAUAAUUUUAUUCGAAAGCAAAUUGCCGCAAAGAGGAAACAAGUCGAUUUCGAUAGUGAGACAUCUAACGACUUUGUUGAGAGUUACCUAAAGGAAUGGGAAAGAAAGAAGGGCACGCCACAAGGAGAAUUUUAUUUUGAACGCCAGCUCGAGGCACUGAUCUUUGAUAUUUGGACGGCUGGACAGGACACAACGUCAAACACAAUCGCUUGGACAAUCGCCUACAUUCUCCAUCAUCCCAAAGUUGAAGAGAAAAUCCACGAGGAAUUAGAUCGAGUCAUCAAAUCCGACAGAAAGAUCACCCUCGCCGACAAGAAUUCGCUUCCCUAUGUGAAUGCUGUGAUCAGUGAAUCGCAAAGAUUGACCAAUCUUCUCCCUCUGAAUGUUCCCCGAAGAACAACGGAGAAUGUGGUGAUUAAUGGAUACAAGUUACCAGCGGAUACCCUUGUCGUCCCACAAAUCUGCUGUGUUAUGUACGAUGAGAAGGUCUUCCCCGAUCCCUACAAAUUUGAUCCAUCUCGUUUCUUAAACUUGGAUGGCUCUUUGAAGACGUAUCCUGAACUUAUCCCUUUUUCUAUUGGAAAGCGCUCGUGUCCUGGUGAAGGAAUGGCAAAAGUUGAACUCUACCUCUUCAUUGCCAACAUUUUUCAACGAUUCAAAGUCUCAGCCAAAAAACUUCCAUCUUUGGAGAAAGAGUUGAACAAUGUUGUCAUCCCGAAAACAUUCACUUGCCAAGUCGAAUCAAGGCAUCGA